AUGUGUGAUUCAAACUCUUUGGAUCAGACAAACAAGCCAAACUCUCACUCUGGAGAUCACAAAGUCAAGACCUUUGUGGUGAAAUGUCACGAGGACAGCAUUGAGGUUGUGAUGAAAGUUUAUCUGUUUGACCCUGUCCUGCCUGUGGAGCCCGAGCGCUUCAGGCUCGGACCUGCCAGUGUGGAGCAACAUCACUGCAAAGCCAAAGUGUCUGGAAAUGGAGAAUACGUCAUCAGAGCGCCUCUGACUGACUGUGGCAGUAAAAUGAUGAGUGCUGUGCUGUACAACAACCUGCUGCUCUACUCUCCUCCUCCAACAUCAGCUGGAGACAUGUUUCAUGGAGGAGAAGCAGCUGCUGUUCCAGUCCAGUGUGAAUAUAGAAGGAGGUACACCGUGAGCAGCAGGGCCCUGAAACCAACCUGGACUCCCCUGAUCUCCAUCCAGUCAAUGCGCCUCCAGCUGGACUUCCACCUCAGGCUCAUGACGGAUGACUGGAGCAGUGAGAGAAAAUCAUCUGUUUACUUCCCGGGUGAAACAGUCAACAUGGAGGCCUCAGUUGAUCAUCAUCCUCUUCCUCUUCGUCUGUAUGUAACCAGCUGUGUGGCUACUCUGACCCCUGAUGUGAAUUCAUACCCCAGAUACCCCUUCAUAGACCACCACGGAUGUUUUACAGACUCCCAGCUGAACGGCUCCAGCUCCCGUUUCCUGCCCAGAGUUCAGGACCAACUCCUCCAGAUCCAGCUCCAACCUUUCCUCUUCCACCAGGACCACAGACACACUAUGUAUAUAACAUGUUACCUGGAAACAGAGCCCAUUUCAAACAGGGACCCAGUGAAAAGGGCUUGUUCUUUUAUGAGCGGGAGGUGGAGGUCAGUGGAUGGUGAUGACCGUGUCUGUGAGAGCUGCCGCAGUGCCAGGUCCGACCACAAGAGGGCACUGAGGAGCAAGCACAGGCAGACUGUAUCUGAUACAAGUUUGUCUUCUGCUGCGCUCCUCUCGCAGACGCGCUUGGAGCUGGAUGUCCGGACACUUGCUGCGCGUCUCUUCAUGAUCAGGAGGAACCGCAGGAGCAGGAGACGUAAGGAGAAGGAGAGUCACUGGGACGCACAUGGUGAGCUCUGCUGA